UCUCUAUUAUUGUAACACAAGCGCACCCAUUAAAAAUAUCAAUGAAUAACAGAAGAACAGCUCUGUUUACUUCAAUCAAAUCAUCCAAUCCAUCUCUGUCGCGAGGAGGGUAAACAUCCGAACGAUCGCGUGGAAACAUAGAAGCUACCUACGCCCAAUAUCAACUUACAUGCUUGGAGAAUCCCAUCUAGAGGGUUGUGACAGAGAAAAGGAUUGACAGUCGUUGGCGUUGAAGAAAUCUGGUAAGAUGACGGCCAAGUUUGAGAACGAAAACGAUGUCCUCGAUUACUUAAGGAACGUUUGCUUCGAGUCUACCGGGGCUUCGGAGAAGCAAGAAAAGAUGUGUCCUACUUAUUUCGAUGGGUAUCUCUGCUGGCCAGCUACCAAAGCUGGGGAGACUGCGAUACAGCCUUGCUCCGGAGAACUGCUCAAAUCGACAGAUGGGGGCUCAGCUUCUAUACAAUGUACCCAGAACGGAACAUGGAUGGCCCGCGAGGAUUCUGAUCUGCCUUUCACGAAUUUUUCUGGAUGCGGUAGCUUUUUUACAGUGUCUGCCACAGAGGGAGCCAUCCCACAAAUCAAUUCUCUCUACAUGGAAUGGGUUCCACGCAUCAAACUCACUUCCUGUGUUGGGUAUACCAUAUCUGUGACUUCACUGGUGAUCUCUAUAUAUAUUUUCUUCACCAUAAAACGCCUACGUUGUUCGAGGAAUACCCUCCACAUCAACCUAUUCUUCUCCUUCAUUAUGCGAUCAUUCAUGUCGAUAAUGAAAGAUGUUUUUUUUGUCAAAGGCACCGCUUUAGCUUGCGACACAGUUUUUGAUAAAGGGGGAAAUGCAAGUUUUCCAAAGAACGUCAUAUAUUCAUGGGUGUGCAAGGCUAUUGUGAGCUUGCGUUUUUACUUCAUAAUCGUCAACUUCAUGUUCAUGUUGAUGGAAGGAAUGUACCUGCACAAUCUGAUGUUUCUAAAACUAUUCUCCGAUAACCACAGCGUUGCCAUCUAUUGCCUGAUGGGAUGGGGUCUGCCAAUACUCUUUCUCAUUCCAUGGAUUAUUUUGAGAGCUAUUUUUGAUAACGUACGCUGCUGGACGGAGAAAAGUAACUUAUAUAUAGAUUUGUUAGUUGCUUUGCCGAUAGGUAUUACUAUUGUGAUGAAUUUUAUACUUUUUCUCAUUAUUGUGAGAGUGUUGACUGUGAAGCUGAAUAAUGUUUGUAUCCAACAAAGAAAAUAUAAGUAUCGGAAACUGUUGAAAGCAACUCUGAUUCUGAUUCCCUUAUUUGGAGUUCCCUACGUGUUUACACUAUCCAUGUCUUUAUUCGUCAAAAGAGAGAGGGAUCCGGUUUUGAUGAUAUUUUUUUUGUUUGUUGAUCAAUCUUUUGCUGCGUUUCAGGGUUUUUUUGCUGCUCUUCUAUAUUGCCUUUUGAACAGCGAGGUGCAGGUCGAGAUCCUGCGCAAAUACAGCUCCUUGAAAGACAGACACGACAAGGAGUUCAGAAGAAGUCGAACCAUUUCUAACACUCAGCAGUUUUCCAUGCCAGCCGAUGAUUUCCCUGACAACUCCGAAACGUUGCACGAGCUAACUUCGGGUAAGAAGAUCAACCCCGAAGGAAUUGAACUCAACAAGGAUCGGCAGGGUUAUUUUUGAUGAUACGAUGUGAUAUUUUCGAGUUUUGUCAACGCAAUGUUUGUUUUGUAACUUGGGAUUGAAAGUUCGUAGGCUAACAUUAAAAAAAAUAAUUUCAUCAUUCAAUAUAGUCGCCUUCGAAGGUAAUACAAUUUUUAUAGUAAUUUGUCUUCAACCUCAAAAUAGGUUUCAGUUUCGUCGACUACCUCUUAAUCAGGCGCUAAAUUUCUUUUCAGCGAGCAUUCUCGUGAGGUCUGAGACUAGAAAAAAGUCGCCGGGGGUUAGAUCUGGAGAAUACGGUGGAUGCAUAAGAAAUUCGAAGCACAAUUUGUGUAAUUUUGCCAUCGUUUUCAUUGAUUUGUGACAGGGUGCCUCGUCCUGAUGAAAGAACAAUUUUUUUCUCAAAUGGUGUCAUUUUUCCGCGAUUUCAUCGUUCAAAUGCUUCAAUGAUGAUUUUUUCCUUUUCAAAACUCAUAUGGAUUUCAUUCCAGUUGCCUAAUCUGUGAGUUAGCCUAUGAACUUCUCAUCUCACCUAAUAUGGUAUAUAAUAGUUGGCUUGCUUAUUUUGUAUACUGAGGUGAAUAAAACAAUGCAGACGUCA